GCGCGGGGAGCACUGCGGGGCGGAGCGGCGCCAUUUUGAGAGAGCGAGGCGAGCGCGCGGUGCGCGUGCGCGGCGGUGGCCGGGGGAGCUCGGGGCAGCCCCGGGAACGGGCCGGGAGCGCGCACAGCGGCGGGGCCGCCGCGCUGCUUCCCCCGCCGUGCUGCCCGCACUCCCGGCGGAGCGGGGUCGCCCCCGGGAGUGCAGAGGAAGAGCACUCGGCGGAGCCGCAGCGGGAGGUUGUGCUUCCCGAGAGCGGGUUCUGUGUGCCCGCAGCCCCGGAGCGGGCGGUCUGUGUGUCCCCGCUCGCCAGGGCAGAAAGCGUGCCCCGGGCGGCGCUGGGGCUCCCCCGCUGCCCCCGCAGGAAAUGUCCCCGGUGCUUUCUGCAGCUCAUCUUUCCCAAUAAACGAGAAAUGACCCCUUCUCUCCGUUCUUCCCCUCGUUCCUCCCAGCCCCACUGCCGGUCCCCCGUCGCUCCCCCGCUCCGUUUUUCUCCCGGGAUGAGAGCAGGAGCGGGGUUUCGCUGAUAGGCUGCGCGCCCCGUCAAGCAUCGCUGCCGCCCGCCCCGGCUGUGAGGGAGCUGUGGCCGAGCCUUCCGUCCUCGGGCUCCGUCCCUCGCUCGUCCGCGCUUGCUCUCAGGAUCCAGGAGGCUUGAACGACAGAGUCAGUCCUGGAUGUUUGCAGCCUUUUGCUUCGGCUGGCAGAGAAGAAAAGAGGUGAACACUGACCUGCAGCACUUGCUUCCUGUGGAAGAAAUAUCGGACGCUGUUCUGGGAUUAUUUGUGCGUGCUUCGCCCUGAAAAGGCCUCUGAAAUAAUCAGUAGACAUCUGGGAAAGAAUUGAGGAAGUCGUGAGGUUUUUUUCUUCUUGCAGUGUUGUGCACAUCACCCUUGGAUUCUUUUGUCCGCAUGGCAUGGAUACGUAUCUAAAUAUGAAGUUCUGAAUACUUCAGCUGCCAAAAUAAAGUGCUUUCCUCUUUUUACAUACUCUUUUUCUUCUCGGCGACAUUCUUUCUGAGUCAGGGGCAUAACCAGUUUUGUUAACUGGCUCCAGGUUAAAUGUGGCCUGAGUCACUGUGGAGACGUUGCUGAAAAGUUUCAUGGCAGAUUUUUCCCCCACCCUUAUUUCAUUUUAAAAAUUUUCUGACACAGUCUUCUCUCACUUUGCAGUGAGACCGAUUUUAUAAAUGAAGAAUUUAAUACAUGUUUGUUUACCUUUUUUCCUUUUGUAUUGUAUUUGAAAUUUCUGUUGAAAAAAGUUGUUGCCAAUGAGCAGUAUGGAGGUAUCCAGAUAACUGUUUACAAAUGCCUCUGCUACCAUAAGGUAGGAAAUGUUCUACAGUUCAUAUGUGAAAUUUGGGGUUUUGGCAUCACAUUUGUGGAGUAAAGCCUGUAUUUAUUUCACUUGGAGCUGGUGCUGCAUAUGGUGAUAUCUAUGAAAUAGACAUGGAAUAGACAAGAAGCGAAACUGUCAGAGAAAAUAAAAGGUUUUUAAGACAGACAUUGGCAGACUAUGCAAACAGCCUUGCAGGGUCUGUAAGCAAGAAGGAUGGGUAGCUGAUUUCUGUGAGGUCAAAUCUAUGUCAAACUGCUGCAAAUGUAGUAUCAACAGGAACUUGGGAUAUUAUCUCGAGGAAAACAAACUGGAAAAAUAUAAAUCACGCAAUACUAACGCCUUGUGCGGUCCUCUUGGAUUAGGUUUGCAUUCAACUGAACUGCUGCUGGCUGAAAGAAAAUCAAGAUGGACAGAGCAACUUAAUUCAAAAGGACUUGCCAUGAGGUGCUAAGCCUUUUUUCAUUGAUUUGGGGAGACUGGACCUAAAUGGCGCAACAUGACUUUGCUCCAGCCUGGCUUAAUUUUCCUACACCACCAUCAUCAACAAAGUCAACGCUGAAUUUUGAGAAACAUUCUGAAAAUUUUUCGUGGACAGAGAAUCGUUAUGAAGCGAAUCGCAGAAGACACAAUUCUUCAGAGGGGCUUGAUUCUAGCACUGGAAGGCCAAAUGGAGGGCAUUUUGGGCGAAAAGAGAGGAAUGGUUGGCGUUCACAAGGAAGAAAUGGUCCAGAAAAUAUAAACCAUGGUGGAGGUUCCCGUACUCGUAGCAGCACCUUCCAUUGUGGAAAAGGCCAGGGACUGCAUGAAAACAGUGUACACGAUAAUGAAACCUGCCAAAAGGAAAACAAAGAAAUACCCAACCAGUUUGAGGCUGAGGAUUUUCCAUCUUUAAACCCUGAAUAUGAGAGGGAACCAAACCAGAAUAAAUCUCUAGCUGCAGGUGUGUGGGAGUACCCUUUAAAUCCUAAAUCUAGAUCUCAGAGAAUGCUGGUCAUUAAAAAGGGCGGUACAAAAGAACUGCGAAUAUCUGGAUUCCCAGUAGUAGGAAGUCUUCACUCAAAGCCAGUAAGGAAUGGAACUGGCACAAGUGUUUAUAAAGGAUUAGUCCCCAAACCUGCCACUCCAGCUGCAAAGCCCACAGAGUGGAAAAGCCAAGCAAAAGAAAAUAAACUUGGGAAUGCUUUUCCUCAUGAGUCUGCACAUGGUGUUGGCAAUUUCAGUCCUUUUAAAUCAACUGUCAAGGCAUUUGCUGUAGCACAAAAUUCAGUGAAAGAGUAUAAUCGAUCAAAUUCUGCAUCCCCUGUUGACAAAUCUGGUCAGCCACGUUUAACAAAAUUGACAAGAAUGCGGACUGAUAAGAAGAGUGAAUUUUUGAAAGCAUUGAAAAGAGAUAGAGUGAAAGAGGAACAUGAAGAUGAGAGUCAUGAUGGGCAAGAGAAGGAUGAUGAGUCUUUCAGCUUGCGUAACAGCAACAGUCCCUAUAGUGAGAGAGAUAUAAACCGAAACUUUGAACAUGUGAUUCCACAGGAGAAUGGCAAUGCUUCAAUUACACCUCAGCAGAUCAUUCAGUCUUCAACUUUCCUUCAGGCAAAUGUUCUUUCAAGCUCCCUUGAGGCAGAGCAUAGGUCACCCACCCACCCAGCAUGAUGGCACUGACUAUCGUUUAAGGAACUAAGGAAAACCUCAAAAUUAACUGCUGCUCUCCUGAUGGGGGGACUUGAACUUGCCAGAUACUCACUUGGAAUACCACAGACACGUGAAGACUGCAAAAAUGCUGCUUGCCAUUGUAGGGAGAAAAUCUGUGGCUUUUAGAAGGAGAGAAUAUUCUUCAUCCAGAGGAUAUCUGAGCAGUGGAAUAGGAUUCCCAGGGAAGUGAUCACAACACCAAGCCUAAGAGUUCAAGAAGUCUUUGGGCAGCAUUCUCAGCCACAGGGUGUGAUUCUUGGGGUUCUGUGCAAGGCCAGGAGCUGGAUGCUGCCUUCCUUGUGGGUCCCUUCCAAUUCAGGGUAUUCUGGCAGUCUGUGAAAUCUUUGGGCAAUAGAGGCUCAUGAUUUUUUGACUGGAAGAUGGGAGUCAAAUCUAACUCUUAGUUUUUCAAUUCAAAUUACUUUAAAUAACCUUGUUAGGGUUUCUGGGCAAAUGUCUGUCUUUUGUGGUAUCCCAGAGAGGUGUGUGUGCAUUCUGCCCCAGCCCUUUGGCUGUGAGCUCAGCAUGCAUGUGGACAGAGGUUAUGGUUAGCUUUUUUGUGUUAAAUUGUACUUUGGUCACUGAGCUGAGCUCCCAGGUUACUUUUGCAAUACCUAGUAACAGUAUUGGCACAUUUGGUACAAAAGGGCUUCCUUCCUCCUGGGGGAGUUUCCAACAUGCAGCAGCCCUGUUGGUAUCAAGUUUGCUAAUCCAAAGUAAUUUUUUUUUAAUGUAGUUCACACUUUUAACCAUUCUAGAGCAUUAUCAAUUUAAAGGGACAGUGGUGCUAUCAUUACAAAAUGCUGCUUUAAGGUUAGUUAGCCGUUACCCUAAAUUUUACUUAUAUUAACAGGGGCUCUGUAACUGUUCACUGAAUGCAGUGUUAAUGUCUGAGCUUGCUUGCAGUAAAACUUUUAAACUCAACUAUCAUUGAACUGCAUUUGGCAUUGUGUUUUUCUGUACAAUAUACUCUCUUAGAGUUUUGCCUGACUUGCAUAUAUUUUUACCAUAUCCUAAUGAUUUGAUUGUUCCUAACUGUUAUGCUUUCCAAUUUGGUCCAAAUGCAAUGGGAGAUACAAUUUCCAUUUCUGUUACUGUCCUACUGACUUUUUUUUAAAGCAUAGUAAUACUUUUCUCCUUCUACAAUUUGUUUUUGUUAUGAUUUUAAAAACAGACAUUGGUUUCUUUGGUUACCUGCAAAUUUGCCCAGUGCACAUCUACUGUAUUGAGAUAUAGAGUUCCUUGUGGGGAGGGUUGUGUUGAAGGGCAUUUUUUGCUGAUGUCUGCCUAAAUGAAGUCCCUGGUGUAUGGUAUCAGCUGUGAGUUUGUCUUAUUUUCCUAUUUUAAUAUAUUCACUGCUUUUUAGCUCUUAAGUGUCAGCUGUGGCAUACAUUUUAGAUGCCUCUUCAUUUUUUGUGAAAUAUCGUUAGUCUGCUUUAAUGUUUAAGGUCAAAAAAUACCUGGUUUGCCUGAAGAAGGUACUAAUCCUUUUGGCAAAAACUUUGCAACAAGCAAACUUUAUAACUUCAUUGUUAAACAUCAGGGUGUCUUCACUCUCAGAUAACCUCUGUUUACACAGCAUAUUCAAAUGUAAAACCACUUUCUUCCUGUUCAGAUACUGCCAUCCUUCUUUUGGAACUAGCCAAAAUACGCUGAUUAUCGCAUCUUUGUAUAUCUCAAGCUUAGUUAUGAGAGGAGUCUUUCUUCUCCUCAUUUCUUCCCCUUAUCCCAAAAUUCUUUCCUACCUGUUUGAGCUGAAAUACCAGUAUGUGCUGUUAGCUGAGACUGAAUUGUGAAGGAGCCUGACAUGGCUCUUGACAUUAGCAUGUGGUAUAAAAAAGAAAUCGCAUGAGGCCAUUGCACCCUGAAUUGGUUUCAGUCAGGGGACACCACCAGUAUUUCUCAUCCUUUGGUCUGCUUUGUUAUUCAGGAAAACCUCCAUAAUCUCUCAGUGUGUCUUUGUCACUUCAUACUGUUCUCAGGGGAGUAAAUUGCUGCUUCACUAACAGUUAGAAGUUAUGUUAAGAAAAUAUGUUCCUCCUAUUCUAUCUGACAAUCUCUUGCCUUACGAUGAAGGCAUAGUUUUCAUCACAUAAAGUGGUAGAAUAGGGUCAUCUUUGAGGGACCUGAGAACUCAGCUUCUGUGCUUUAUAUACCUUUUACAAGACUUUGAACUCCCACUUAUAUAAGAGUUUGUUUAAAAAAAACCCUGCUGAUUAAUCAAUGCAUUUGUUACAGGUCUUUACACAUGUAUGUAGGCAGAGCUUGAAAUGUUUGAGUGUGUGUAGCAAAUUCCUUAAUCUCAUCCUUCUUAAU